GUCGCGAAAGAGAACCGCAAGCUUUUCUUCAAUUUGAUGCGCGUGUCGCGCUCGCAGGAAUUUCGGCGCGGCGCGUCGAAUGAAAUUAAGGAAUGCCUUCUUCUUUUUUUCCACACCCCCCCUCGCGCUGUCCGCAUACUUGCGUCGCGUCAGCGUGAUUUCCUAGAGCGCGUAAAUACGUUCCGGAUCCCGUGGACUCUGCUCCUCGUGCUGUGACGUGUGUACGAAACCCGGAUAGAUGGACAAAGUGGGGGCACUCGGAGGCGCGUGGUCGCCACUGGACGCGCGCGAGGCAACAUAAAACGAAGCGGCAAACGAGAUCGAGGCUCAGUGUAUACGAGACGACGAUCCGGUGACGAGGAACGAUUGAGCUUGUUAUUGAUUGUUUGACAACAAUCGUGACGACUGCAAUUGCAUCAAUUGUGACUACCACGUGUGAUCGUUACCUGCCGGCGUGAAGCGAGUGUCUCGCGACGUGAAGAACGGAACGGCAAGCGGAAAAGGAGAGCAAGAGAGCAUAAUGAUGAUCAGCGGGACUUCCUUCGUGAAGGUCACUACCUGCAUUCUACUUGGAUGCUGCGUGACGAUGCGAGUCACCGGCUCGGCGAUACCGAUGUGGGAAUUUCUCUCGAGAGAUGAGAAAAUGAGUCACCUGUACGGACUAUUCAGCAAACAAGUGGCACGGUUUUGCGCCGAUUCCUCGAGGCCGGACUGCAACAAGAACCUGCUCGUAACCGGCAUACGGAGCCUCGCCAGCAUGGACGACAACGUCCUCGACAGGCUGGAUCCCUAUCAACGCGGCGCGAAGGACAUGAUUUGGCACGCCAUGGUGGGAAGCAACAGAUAUGCGUCGAGAAUCAGCCAUGAAAAUGACGACUCCUACUUCACGACCGGAACCGACUUAUUAGCGAGCAGCGGCAGCGAGACGAACGGCCUCGGUGAGGAGACCGCGGCAAGCGGUGAUUACGUUUCGCCGUCGGAGCCGAGCGGGCCGUAUCUGGGGGGGCCGAUGGUGAUACGGGUCUAUCCGGACGGCCGACCGGUUCCGGAGGACCAGAAGCGCCCGUUGCCGAAGGACGAGGACGCGGACGAGCUCAGAUAUUCCCGUUUGCCGUCCAUCGAAGAGAUCGAGGCUAAAAGCGGCAGCGUGUUCUACGGGAAAGGCGCGAACGAGCCGUCGAUGGCCAAGAGGAGGACGUCCUUCGCGGCCGACAUCAGCAAGAACUAUCGGCGACCGGAAGUGCUGCGUCUUCGCGACCAUCCGUUGCCCUACGAAAGGGUGUUUCGAGGCGCGUUGAACGAACGCAGAAUGCGUUACUAUUGAGGGAGAUCUCUUCUUGUUCCCUUCUAUCUGAUACGAGAUAUCUUCCCGCGGAGUAUGGCUCGCCCGGCUGCACCGCCUCGUGAUAAUGAGAUUUUGUUGAAAAAUAAAUCGCCGUCGAGAUCCUGCGCAGAGACAGAUGACCAGCAGUCGUGCCUGCCGCGAUCUCGGACGAUACGUGGAAAACACGCGGGGAAAGUUGAAGAUACAAGCGGUACCAGUCGCGGUCGCGCGGUCGUGGACGACGACGUAAUAAUAAUCAGCUGUAAUUACUAAUUCAUUGCGCAUUUUAAUUUAUCUGAUAUCGUCGUUGCGGUAAGUGCAAAAGGGGAAUCGUCGUACGCUAUUUUUCGGAACCUCCGCGCUGUCGAGUAUUAGAGUGAAAGACGUAGAACGAGGAACGCGAUUGAAGAACUUCGUUUGAGGCAAGAAUUUAUAUGAAUCGCGUAAUUGGGAAGAAUUCACCGAGCCGUGAAUUCUUCCGAAUCGCAUAAAUUGGAAGCUUGACGAUUGGUCGGUAAUUAGAAUCCUAGGAUGUACGAGCGCCGAGAAAGAUACAUGUACAUAUUCGUACGUUGUCUCAACAACACGCAUAAUCCGACCAUGAAUAUCAUUUGAGUUCCAUUUAUUUAAUUUCACAUUCAUUUAUUAUAAUAUUUAUUUAAUACUCAAUGUGAUUGUCAUGACUCAUGCAGAAAACAUCGAUGAAAGUAAGCUAAUUGUCCCGAACUACGAGAAUACAACCAAUUAAAAUCUUAGAAAUUCUUAACACAAAAGAUCACAGGUGUAUUAUUUAAAUCUAUUCCUGCUAUUCUUCAACACAAACGAUUUAUCAUAUAUUAUAGUUCUUCUAUAUUUCGUCUCCAUAAAUUUAACGC